AUGGCAUGUUUCAGGCCACCGUAUUGGCUUCCACUCCUCUUGAUUCUCCUUUCACUAACAUGGUCACCAGUUACAUCCGACGAACAAGACCCUGCAAGGCUAAUAAAGUUCAGAGGCUCACUCACCAACGUCGGGGAACUGAGCAACUGGAACGAUACUGUUCCACCAUGCAAUGGUUUGAAAGAAAACUGGAAUGGAGUGAUCUGUGAUAAAAAUGGAAAUGUGUUUGGGUUGCAGCUCGAGAACAUGGGUUUAGGAGGGACGAUAGAUAUGGACACGUUGGCUGAGGUAACAAGUAUCCGAACGUUAAGUUUCAUUAAUAAUAGCUUUGAGGGCUCAAUCCCUAACGUGGGUAAAAUUGGCGCGUUGCAUGGGGUUUUCCUCUCGUAUAACAAGUUUUCUGGGGAGAUAGGAGGUGACGCUUUUUCGGGAAUGAGUGACUUGAGGAAAGUUGAAAUGGGGAAUAAUGGUUUCACGGGUAAAAUUCCAAUAUCUCUUACACAGUUGCCAAUCCUUGUGGAUUUGCAGCUUCAAAACAACGCGUUUGAAGGAGAGAUACCAGAUUUUGAGCAGAAAGAUCUGAUAGUGAACUUUGCAAACAAUAAACUUGAUGGUUCAAUACCUAAUGGGCUCAACAACCAGGAUCCAAAGUCAUUUGCAGGAAACGACGUUUGUGGUAAACCUCUAAGCCCCUGUAAGGUAAAAAAGAAGCCAAACAAGCGAAAGAUCAUCAUCAUCGGUAUUGCAUCCCUUCUUGCAGUAUUGGCCAUCAUUACCAUACUCUUAUUGGUCUUGCGUAGAAGGAAACCCAAAAACAAGUACACAAACCAGCAACUCACAAAGCCCGACAAAAAGAAUACUUACAAGGCGAAUGGAACUGAAAUCCAGAUGCACAACAAGCAAGAAACUUACAAAAGAACUGACAAUGGUGGGAAGCUUCACUUUGUAAGAACCGAUAGAGAAAAAUUCGAGUUGGAAGACCUUCUUCGUGCCUCGGCUGAUGUUUUAGGAAGCGGGAGUUUUGGAUCUUCAUACAAGGCGAUGCUUGCGGGAGGAGUUGAAGUAGUUGUCAAGAGAUUCAAGGAAAUGAGCAAUGCUGGCAAAGAAGACUUUUAUGCACAUAUGAGAUUGUUAGGAAGCUUGUCACACCCGAAUUUGCUACCUCUUGUGGCUUUCUACUACAAGAAAGAUGAAAAGCUUUUGAUCACUGAUUUUGCUGUAAAUGGUAGCUUGGCUAGUCAUCUUCAUGUCAAACGGAGACCUGAUGAACCAGGAUUGAAUUGGGCGACACGGCUAAAAAUAAUCAAAGGUGUAGCACGAGGGCUUGAUUAUCUUUACCACGAGCUUCCUCGUUUGUCGCUACCUCAUGGUCACCUAAAAUCGUCUAAUGUCCUUCUUGACGACACUUUCAAUCCCCUUCUAGCAGACUAUGCUCUAAUACCCGUUAUAAACAAGGAACACGCACAACAACUCAUGGUGGCGUACAAGUCCCCAGAAUUUACUCAACACGAACGCACUACAAAGAAAACAGACGUGUGGUGCCUUGGGAUCUUGAUACUAGAGAUGCUUACAGGGAAAUUUCCAGGAAACUAUAUGGACCAAGGUAAGGGUGGCAAACCGGAUCUUGGGACAUGGGUGAACUCUGUGGUGAGGGAAGAAUGGACGGGUGAGGUUUUUGAUAAAGACAUGAAAGAGACAAAGAAUGGCGAGGGUGAGAUGCUGAAGCUGUUGAAGAUUGGGAUGUGCUGCUGUGAGUGGGAUGUCACGAGGAGGUGGGAUAUAAAAGAGGCGAUUGAGAAGAUAGAGGAGUUAAAGGAGAGGGAAGAGGAUGAAGAGUACUCAUCUUAUGCAAGUGAAGGAGACGCUUACUCUUCAAGAGCCAUGGAUGAAGAUAACUUUUCUUUCUCGGUUACGAGUUAA